AUGAAAUGGGCUGUCAGAAACGAUACGCUCGCGGGGCAAGUUUCCGAUGAUGAGCUUACUGGUACUAGUUCUGAUCUUCAGAAAACCUUAACAAAAUUCUGGGAAGUAGAAGAAGUUAGUGUCUCUAAGGCUCUAUCGAAAGAGGAAAUAGACUGUGCGAAUAUAUUCGUUCGAACUACUCGUAGAAAUUCAGAAGGCCGAUUUAUAGUCACCUUACCUUUAAAACAAGAUGAAAGCACUCUAGGAAAAUCAAGGGAACAAGUUGAAAAAAGAUUUUAUUCCACUGAAAGAAGGCUAAGCAAAAACAAUAAGUUACGCGAUUACUACGUUUAUUUUAUGCCAGAAUACGAAGAAUUAAAUCACAUGAGCAAAACUGAAAGUUGUGAUAAUUCGCAUAUCGAAUAUUUUAUGUCGCAUCACGGCGUUCUGCGCGAACCAAGUCUCACCACUAAAUUGCGCAUAGUGUUCGAUGCGUCAUGUCAGCAGCAAUUAGUAACGGGCUAG